AUGACCUUUCUGCGUCGAGGCGCGACGGCCCAGAGGUCACUCGAUAACCCUAGCCGUCAGUCGAGGACGAGCCCCUCGCUUGCUUUCUGUACAAAUACGCCGUGUACCCAGCGCCAGGUGUCAUUGGCUGCAUUUGGACUUCCUCAUUCGACGGCCUCGAGCGGUACACAGAACGCGGAGAUCCAUCUCUGGAGCGACCACAAGGUCUGCGACCCUACCGGAAGACGGAGGCCGCCUGGCAAAGCAAAGGAGAAGACACCAUCGAGGAAUAUCACCGAGAUGAUGAAGUUAAAUACCCGUGACGCGCGAGAGGUGACACCUGAUUAUCAUUGUUUAGGCAUUGGCGAAGUGGGACAGCGCGGAUCAAUACUGAUCCGCGAGGCUUCGGUUGUUCGCCAGACCCCGCUAGGAUAA